GAAAAUGUCUCGUAGGUAUCUGGUUUGACGAACCACGAUGCGUGUGGGAUACAUGUGUGUGCGUAUCGUGUGAAUUUUCGCAGGUGGUGAUUUUUCGUACGGAACGAAUUAUCCGAGAUUUUGUGCCGGUGGACAAACGCUAGUCGAAGCAAGAAGACGUGAGUUUGAGGCGCCGUGAUCGCGGGGCGUAUCCCAAAAUCGUGGGGGAAAAACGGCCCUGAUUUUAUCCAGUAAACUUCGUCGCGAUAUGUGUGUCGUGUUUUGUCGCAUCUCAUGAAAAAAUUACGAUUGUGAAAAAAAAAGAAACAUAUGUAAAGACGAUUUGAAAAGGUUAGGCGAAGAAACAAGUCGAAGAAAAUCGAUUUGACAUGACGACCACCAAGCUGAUUCAGCUUGUUGAACGAUGUCGAAUUUCUUUGUAAUGAUUUUUUUGAAGUCUUAUUUUUAAACAAUAUUGAUAUAUAAUUUUCGCACAAUAAUUAAAAAAUCUUUUUCUCUUAUCAUCGAUCGCUUUACUGUGAAUCACUGCCAAUGUGUAACUCGGCCGACGAUUCUUACGUACAAAAGCUAGGUUAUCUGCAACUCGGGGAUGAACCCACUGACGCCGGCGGUGCAUCGGGUACCGGUAGGGUCACGGGAUCACGACCUGAGGCCCAGGUACCCGUGUCGAGAAAUACCAUAACAAGAACGGAUACCAGAGUGUCUGGGAGACCAGUUGGUGCUAUUGAAAGUUUUAUUGAAAGUAAUACUGAUACUUGCAGACAAUCAACAACUGAUUACAAGUUAUAUGAACGUGAAAAUAUAAUAGCUGCAUCAAGAUUUGCCACACCAAAACCUGUGGAACAAAUCAGUGCUCAGCAACAACAAAAUCAAAACCGUAUGAGUCAUCAACAAGCACCGGUAUAUGAAAAUAUUGACUACUAUCCACAACAAAAUCAACCUCAUCCUCCUUAUUAUCAUCCAGUGGAAUCUAGAAAAAGUCCUAAAAGUAGUCCAAGAGGUUCAUUAGCAAGUGAAUCUUAUGAACCCACUUUUAGAAAAGCACAACCACAAGUGCCUACUGGAAACCGAUAUCAAUCUGCAUCUCCAGCAAAAGAAUUACCUCCAUAUGAAGCACCUCCCGUGUAUGAAAAUAUUCAAGAAGUACAUUUCCCAGAUAAUACACAAAAUAAACCUGGUCCACAGGUUCCACCAAAUUAUUAUCAUCCAGCUACAAUUAAUGGUGGUGAUUAUGUUGUCAUGACUGGUAAAGUAGGUCAAACACAAAAUCAGAGAGGUAUAACACAAAGUUUAUCAUAUACACAACAAAGAGGAAGCAAUAUACGUGGUCAAAGUUAUGAUGGUUCAAGUUUACAACGAUGUGUUGAUUCCUCUACAUCAAGGUACUUACAAGGAUCUUCUUCAUCUUUGGAUCAUCAGGCUGGUAGAAGUGCUUAUGUUCCACCAUCUGAAUUACAAACACCAACCAGAAAUUUUAAUUAUAAUUCUGAACAGCAACAACAUUCUCCCAGAUCAGGGCUUCCUUACCACAGUGAAUCUCCACCAAUCCGUUUACCUCCAGAACCACAUCAUUAUCGUGGCACUCUGGAUAGUUCAAUAAGUGGACAGCAUGGGUUUAGAGCUUCAAAUCAUAUAGAGAGUGUACAACAGCCGCAAUAUCGUCAGGAUAGCCCUCAAAAUUAUAAACCGUACAUAGAAUCAAAUACAAGAAGUACAAAUGCAAAUAUUACAGGAGAAACUCAAGCUAGAAACUCACCUGUUUAUGGUGUGAGGCAAGGAGAGCAAUCUGCUUGCCGUAAUUCUCCUUGUUACUCUCCAAACAGAGUGUUGCCACCAAAUGAAAGAAAUUAUCAUCAUCAAGAAUCUAGAGCAGAUUUUCCUGCCAGAAAUUCUCCAAUUUAUUCUUCUAACAGAUCAACAGAGCAUUUAAGAUUAAGUAAUUUACAAAAUGACAGAAAUUUUGUUCAGGAAGUACCUGAGCCUUCUGAAACAUCAAAACCAUCUCCUAUGUAUUCACCUAGCCGUAAUGAUAAUUCCAGAAUUGUAACUAAUAACAAUAAUAUAAGAGGUUCUCCAAAAUCAAGUCCAACUCACAAUCAAAUAUCAUCUGAUACAGUCGUACAAAACGUGAUUAAUUCACCAAGACACGUGUCACCAUCUUCCACGAAUAAUAUCGGAAGUCCUCUACGUGGUCAAAUACAAACACCAGUGACUACUGGUACACCUACCACCGCAGAAUCUGAUCCAAAUAUUCAUGGACCUAGAAUUACCAGUCUCCCUCCAGGGGUGACCAGUGGUGUGGCCGGCCCUGUCUUUUUAAACGCUGGUGUACCUGUGUUACAAAGGCCAUCCGAACCUGAACCGGAGGAAAGAAAGUCAGUCAGUCCACCAAUGAAACCGACAUCUGGCAAGGGAUUACUACCCUACAAUGUCAUACCACCCAGACCUUCCGGGCCCACCGAAGCGGAGAGAAAAAUAGAAGAGUUGACGAGACAACUCGAGGAGGAGAUGGAAAAACAAGAAGAGGAAGGGGAAUACUUCGGUAUCUGUCAUACAUGCGGUGAAAAAGUGACUGGAGCUGGCCAAGCCUGCCAAGCCAUGGGCAACCUUUAUCACACAAAUUGCUUUAUAUGCUGUUCGUGUGGAAGAGCGUUACGCGGCAAAGCGUUCUAUAAUGUUCACGGAAGAGUAUACUGCGAGGAAGAUUAUCUGUAUUCUGGCUUCCAACAAACCGCCGAGAAAUGCGCAAUCUGCGGUCAUCUCAUCAUGGAAAUGAUAUUACAAGCAAUGGGGAAGUCCUAUCAUCCAGGAUGCUUUAGAUGUUGCGUUUGCAACGAAUGUCUUGAUGGUGUUCCCUUCACCGUCGAUGUGGACAAUAAAAUUUAUUGCGUAAACGAUUACCACAGAAUGUUCGCGCCAAAAUGUGCCUCCUGUGGUAAAGGAAUUACUCCAGUCGAAGGCACAGAGGAGACCGUAAGAGUCGUUUCCAUGGAUAAAGAUUUCCACGUAGAUUGUUACGUUUGUGAAGAUUGUGGCAUGCAAUUGACUGAUGAACCGGACAAACGAUGCUACCCACUCGAUGGUAGACUUAUGUGUCGUGCGUGCCACAUCCAACGCAUAUCCCACACGCAACCCAGGGCACCACAGCCAGUAUCAGCUAGUUAUCAAUUUAUGGGAUAAGUUAAGUUAAAAAGUUUUAAAUUGAAUGUUUAAAAUUGAACUGCGCUCGCGUAUCGAUCAUCCAAU